UCACAUCGUCUGUAAUGCAAAACCCCUCGCAAAAUCCUAAACCCCAAUUCUCUCUCUCUAAUACUCUCACUCUCAGCUUUCAAUCUCCCAAACAAAACUGACUCUAAUUUCCCAUAGUAAUGGCGGAGGAUAAUAUGGAUUCUGAUGCAUGCGUUGGGUCCAAACGGAGAAUUUCUGAUAUUGGAGAAACUCCAGUUCUUGUUAUUGAGCAACAACAAGAAUUUUCCAAUUCUUUCUCUACUGUUUCUCCUACUGAAGAAGAUAAUGAUUCAAAAGAAUCGUCUUUUAUUGCUACUUUACCUUCUCCAAAAGAAGACCAACAAUUCAUUCAAGAUAUUCCUAGUCCCUCGAAGAAAGUUAAGUCCUCUUUGACUCUACCUGAACAUAAUCAAGAACUAUUGGAUUAUUGUCCUCAAGAAAAAGCUGCUUUCUGUGAUUUGGAUUCUGGUUCUUCUGUAUCUGAUGGGAACGAUGAGGAUUAUUCAAGAAAUGUCGGGAAUUUGGAUGUGCAGUUGCAAGAAAGUGAACAGAAUCAAGAAAUAUUGGGUUCUUGUGGUCAAGAAAAGGCCCUCCUUUGUUAUUUGGAUUCUGGGUCCUUUGCAUGUAAUGUGAAUAGCGAGGGUUCUUCAAGCAAGGUAGGGAACUUGGAUGAUCAGUUGCAAGAAACUAAGAAUUUCGUGUUUGUUGGUGAAGAUAACCAUGGAGAGAUUGAAGAGACUAAUAAUGGUGUGAACAAUGAAGUGGGAUUCUCCGGAAUUGAAGAAUCUGAUAAACCUGGAGUCCUUAAGGAGUGCAAAACUGUUGAAAAUGAAAUAAGUUUUGUCAUUGAAGAGAAAAAGGAGACUUUGUUGGAAGCCAAGAAGAAGCAAUUAUUGGCAAAAGUUGAGGCUGGUUCAGUCUUUAAAGACAAAAUUCAUGUGGAAAACUCCCUGGGUUUUGACGCUACUGCAGGAAUCUUGGGGGGUCUCAAAGGACUCAAUGAGUCUGUUAAAAAAUCACUGAAGGUUGAAGUGAUUGAUGAUACAGCAGUAAUUGGUACUGUUGUAGUAGCAAAAACUGGCAAUGAUGGUGCAAACAAUGCAGAAAGGAAUUUAAAGAAGAAUGGGAAGCAAGAAGCUGAUGGAAAGAAGGCAAAACGACCAAGAAGAAAGGGGAAGGAUGUGAAGAAGGGUUUGGUGAUCAAUGGCGGACAAAAGAAAAUGGCCCAAGCUGAAAAAGAUAUGAUCAAUACAAUCCAAAUUGGUCAAUAUCACAAUGGUGAUCAAAAGAAUGGGGAUCAAAUAAGAAAGUACUCAAGGGAGGAGAUGGAGGCCCUGAGGUUUGUGAACAUUGUACAACAGAGGAAAUUAUGGAGAGUUAUUUACACUGGGCUUGAAGACGCUGUUAUAAAGGAGUAUGAUGACUUGGCAAGCUCAAGGCAUCAUCAGAAGAAUUUUCACCUGGACUUUGAUCCUCGGAAGCGGGUUGGAAGGAAGGAAGAUGCCUCUGGAAUUCUUGGGCAAGUGUGUUGUAGAAAUUUGGACAAAUUAGAAAACAUGGAAGAUGAUGAGGUAGAAAAUGUACAUCGACUGGAUCCUAGUUGUAGUGAGAGUAUUGGGGGUGAAGAUGCCUAUGUGGAAGGUGAGUCCAGUGAAGGAGAGGACAGCGAUGAUGAUUAUUCUAGCAUCCAAAGACCCGCCUUUCUUGUAGAAGGAGAACCGGACUUUAAUUCUGGACCUCCAGAAGAUGGUCUAGAAUAUCUUAGGCGAGUCAGGUGGGAAGCUGAUCAUAUUCCUAAAGUAAAGGUGGCCAAGCUUGAUAAAAGUAAAGUUAAUAGAGAGCAAAGCAUUUAUAUGCCUCAGAUUCCUGAGAUCGCCAAGUGUCCAGAACAUUUCCUGCCAUUGAAGCAGUGGGAGGAUGCAUUUCUUACUGAUUUUUCAGAGCUAAGGAUGUAUUUGUCUCGAACUGGGGAUUCCAGCAGUGAAAUUUCUUAUAAAUUGCAAUCAAUUGAUAUUGAUCAUGAGCAGAAUACUUCCUCCCAUCAGCUCGAUGAAGAUAUUAUUGUUGAAAAAUUUGCUAACCUCAGAACUGAUGAAGUCCAUUCCUAUCGACUGCUUGAGGAUUCCUGCCCUGAUAACAUCAUUGACCAGGCAUCUGUGGCAAAGACUGGGGACAGUGAUUCUUCUCGCAACUACCCUACAAUGUCUGCAAUUUUAGCAAUGGAUUCUGUUGCACGAGUUUCAAUGCUGAGGAAGCGCAUAAGCUUGGCAGAAACCAUGAACACACUAUCAAAAAAUGACUGCGUGUGGCUUUUUGCUCUAUGUGCGGCAGUUGAUACUCCGCUAGAUGCUGAUACAUGUGCUGCUCUACGUAGUCUGCUUCGCAAGUGUGCUAGCAUACGAGCUGUGAAAUCUGAGCUGGAUGAUGAGGUUAUAAUGCUUAAUAUUCUCAUUGCCAUUUCAGGCAGGUACUUUGGACAGUCUGAGGUGAGAUGAAGGGGGAGACCAUAGGCUAAAGUUGUGGCUGAGUUUAUAAUUACUCACCUUGCGUUGCAUUGGAUUCAUAGUUGCUGGAGAAAUUCAUUAGCUAUAUUAUGGGUGGGGGCUUCACUUCUUAGGGAUAAUUACGAGUUGCCUAUGAGGUUUUCCAUGGAUUUCACUUUUAGAUAUUAUAUACUAAAUUUACUAAUUUCCUUUUCUGUUA